AAAAUGUUAUAAUUUAAAUGCAUUGUUUGUAAGGGGAAUCAGGAUCAGAACCCGAAUCAGAAUACACUUUAUUUGCCAAGUGUGUGCAAAUGCACAAUGUACUUGUUGUUUUCAGGAGAUAUGUAUGACACAAGAGAACAGAAAAAAAAAACAUUUAAAUAAGUUAAAAAUUACAAUUAAAAAAUGAAAUUAAAAGUAGUAUAGACAUCUGGAUCAGAACUUAAGACCUAAGGUAUGUACAUAGUAUGUAGUAAGUCUGUGAAAAAAAGGGUUCAUAUUAGGUGUUAAUUGAUUAGUGUUGUCUAAGCAACGACAUGACCAAUAGAAUCGGCUGCGGGGAGGAGUUUGCAGUGCACUUAACUAGUUGCUUUAAAAAUUGGCGGUUAUAUCGUUCUACUUACAGAUAGUGCAACAUGUCGCUGGUUAUGGGAACGACUUAUUCAAUAAAAAGGGGGACUUUGUCAGCUGUCCUGAGAGAGGACGAUGUAACAGCUGACAAUUUGGCCAGGAUUUUUAAGAUAACACAGUCAAGUGUUUACCUUACCAGUGACCAGGGAAUUUCGAUUUUUCCAUCUGAAGGAGGAUUUUUCAGUUCUAUGGACCUUAUGACUGGAGGGGUCACCUACCAGGUGAUGGGUGAUGACAUGGCCGUGGUACUCCCAAACCAGGUUGCCUCUUUUCAGUCAAACCCUGGACCGAGCAGACCACGUUUUAGUUUUACAAGGUCUGCCAGUGCAACAGCAGUUCGGCCAUGUAAUCAAAGCCCAAAAAUGUUCCAAAGAACUAUUUUCCUAGGACAACUGGAAGGUGACAAAAUUGUACAAGACAAAGCCCUAGUCAUACCCUUUGAGGAGUCAGAGGCUUGUCUAAAGACAAUUACGUCAAAAGUGAAAGAAGCACUGAACAUGGGUGCUGAGGAAAACAUGUUUUUGACUGAUAGUCAAGGACAUCUUCUCCUUGACACCCCUGGUACAACAGGGUCUGGUUACUGGAAGCAAAGCUCCAGGAGGAUUUUUGCUAUUAGGGAUGAUGUGUUCGCAGAGAUGGGCAGAAGAAAGAGAAGAAAAUUCUGUAACACAUCAAGGAACGAUGGAUUAGGUCUUGGUGAUCUCAAGGACAUGAUUGAGGAAGUCAUUAUUGCAGCAGAUGGCCUACCUGCUGUUUCUGCGAAAAUCAGAGAGGUGUGCAAGCAAAGCGAAGGCCUCACACGGCAGCAAUGUGACAUUUUGAGGACAUCCUUCAGAUGCAAUGUGUGCAGAGGUGUGAUGGACAGUCCAGUGCUAGCACGAUGUUGCAGAAGCCUGAUUGGCUGCCGAAACUGUGUUGACACAGUUAUCCAGGGGGGGCAAGGCUGUGUGAAAUGCCGAUCAGAAAUGUCAGCUGAAACCGUGGUCCCUGUUGCAGGCCUUUCUGAGGUUUUAAGUGUAAUUCAAUCCUUGGAAGUUUGAAAUUACUUUAAAUGGGUUUUUGUUCUGUUAAGACAAGGCAGAUUUAAACGUUCUGUGCCAUCAGAUUGUUUAAUGGCAUGUACCUAAUUUCCAGGUCAAUUCUAUAAGAUAAGCAAUACGUACAAACUUAAUUUGUUCUUGAUAAUGUUCUCUAUAAGCAGAUUCUUUGUGUUCUGCAAAAUCUACAUAUUGAAUGGUUCAUUAGUCAGUUUCUAGGUUUCUGAUUGUUUUAUGCUGUUGCAUGUAAAUUUAAGCUAUAGUUUGCUUGGGAAUUAUCUGUUUUUGACAAUGAAUAUUAAAGUGAGUGAAUAUUAAAAUAUGU